AUGUUAAAACAUAAUUCACAUGAUACCACAGAACUGAAAAUGAAAGAUCUAUUCUAUCCGUUGUUAGAUGAUUUUUGCAUUGCAUUGUUAUAUAACGAGGCAGAUGAAAAAUUGUUGGCUACUUUGUAUGACAUAUUUAUCUAUAUUGGAUCUGAUAGGUUGGCAAGAUACACAUUGGAAUAUAUUUUGAGUUCCCAAAAGGAAAGUGACGACUUAUCUGGAUUGCUCCCUCCAGAUAAAAAUGCAAUAACACGUCACCACCAGUUCUUGCAAAAACUACAAAUAGGGCAAUCAAGCCAAAAGAAUCUAGAAUACUUACUGUUUCUAGAACCCAUUAGAUUAGAUAUUGAAUCUCAGCAAGAAAAACUCAACAAGACGUUUGUCACCACCAUCACAGUUUCUACACGGAAUUGGACCGAUUUGAUUGAUGCAGUAAAUCAUCACUUGAAGGAGAAGCAAGAUGAAAACAAAAUCGAGGAUGUUCAUCGGCCAAAGAUCAAAUCAAUCGAACCUUAUAUUUUAAGUGAGGAGCCAAUAGACAAAAUCAUAUUUCAAUUUGAAAAGAAGGAAAAUAGCCAACCAGCACCGGUGGAGCCAGAAGUCAAUGAACAAUCUCAAACAGGGACAACCGCAACGGUAACAACAGUAUCCACCACCACUAUAACAGAGGAAAAGAAAACAGAAGAAGAGAGUAGAAUAUAUCGUUCAUCAAAGAGAUUGCUGAAAAAUGACAGUGAAACUCCACCAACUGAAUUAGAAAAGUCUCAUUUUGGUUUAAUGGAUACCUUCAGAACAAAAAUUUCAGAGUACAUCCCAGGUCCCGAUUUAAUCGAUGUCACGCUGGUAUACCUUCUGAAGGAAGAAAUUAACAAAAAAUAUAUUAAAGAUUUUUUGCACAUACUUGCGAAUUGGAAUGAUCACUACUCUAGUGCACUUUUGAGUUUUGACAAUGCAAAAUCAGAGGAUGACAAUCUAAAAUUGCUUGAUUUAUUGAGUGGAUAUGGUAGCAAUGAUGAAACAAAGGAUAGAAAUGUUCCAUUGUUAGGUGAAAUUGAUAUAGAUCUUUCGGGUUUGAAUUAUGUGGAGUUUAAAACUUGCCUCAUCGAACAUUUAUUGACUAAAAUUACUACUACAAAAUGGGAUGAUAAAUUAUACAGCAAGUUUUCUGAAUGGAUUAUUCAGUUUGAAGGGUAUUUGUAUAGAACAGUCGGGAUUCAACUGGCUGUUGGAAUACUUGAAGUUUUAAUAGAUGCAUCGAUCAAUUUAGAAUUGCACAUCAAGGAUCUGGUGCAAGGCAAAUUUAACAAGGCCCAUGUUAAUGGUUUAUGUCAAGACUUACUUCGGUUGAAUGACAAGAUCAAGCGCUGGGUUAGUUACAUUGAAGAUCUUCCCUCGGAGGAUAAAGAUAUUGAGUCGAGGUUCAAAUGGUGUCAAAUAAUAAAAGAAAAGUCUGAAACAGAAUCGUGGAACGAAAAUGUCUCGUUGAAGUUUAAAUUGGAGAAAUUGGCUUGCACAGUAACGGGAAAAAUUGUUUUUCCAAAUUACAACAACUUUAUCGAGUUAAGUGAAGCUAGUAUUGGUAAUCAGUUGACAAUGAUUUCGGUCCUUUCCAUAUUUUGGAAGAUUUUCAACAGUACUACAAAGGAUGAUGAUAAUGAUGCUAUAGGUCUUCUUGAAAGUAUAUUAAUGGAUCAAGAUCAAGAGGAAAACUUGGCCAUACAAUCGAUCAAGAAAUUUUUAAAACAAAGUUCUAUUGAUAUGAGAUUGAACUUAUGGAAUAUUCUUUUACUGUUUUACCUCCUGGGUAAUCUCAACGAAAAAAUUGCAAUUGGUUUUCAAGAAUGUGUAUCGUUUCUCAAUAGGUACUUGGAGAAUGACUACAAUGAGUUAGAUGAAGAGACAAGGCUUUUGACGUUGCUGAGGAUUUUGGGAUUUUAUGGAAUUAGUAUGUCGAUGGUCAUCAAACAGAUUAAAUCAAACAAUUGGAAGUUGUCCAAACCAAUAAACGUAAAGGACUUGAAACUAUUCUUGGAAUUGGGGUUGCUUCAUGAAACCAACGAGGAGGCUAGUUUGAUCACGUCUUUGGCCAACUCUGUGAAACCUAGAUCUUUAAAGUCAUAUUGUCAUUUGACAAAUAUGUUACUAAAAUCAAUUGUAAUGGUGCUUGCGUGCAUUGAGAAACAAAAUCUGGAAAUUUUACAUAGCGCAAUUCAACUAUUCCACACCCAUUUGGGAAUGAUUGGUAUAUGUGAUGACGAGGAUGGAGCUUUCCUAGAAAUUUCCCAAGAGUAUUUGAAACAUUUGCCUGACUCAGAGAAGGACAUAAGUCAAAUCAUCAAGUGUAAAUACCAUUACUCAAUAAGCAUGGAUGGAUUUACCCCAAUAGACCACGAUACUGAACGACUUGAAGAACUAAAUCGAAAAGAUUGUCAAGAAUUGGCGCAUUUUGUUUUCCCGCUAUGUUUUCUGAAAGGAACUACCAUUAACAAUGUACCUAAGCACGAUAUUAAAUUGUUGGUUGACGAGAUGUAUGAGGUGGUGGGUGAACCGUCUUUUGAAACUAACGAAGUACUUUCGAGAAAUAUGACUUCGUUCCGGUAUUUCCUUGACAAUACGAGAAUCACAAAGAACUUUUUGAAAGAGUCAUUUUAUGGAUUAGUGGAUCUUGAUUUGGAAAGGAAUGAACAAGACGUGGUUGCAGAGAGUUUGUACUACAUCGAAGGUUUGUUAAUAUUCUCCGCUAGUAAAGCAAGAAAAAAGAAUCUGCAAGGCAGAGGUGUGGAAUUAGAAAAGGCAAUUUCUUUAUUUGAAUAUGAUAUAAUCCAUGGAAGCAAUAGGUUUGAAAGUUGGUUUCUUCUUGGACAAGCUUAUGGGUUCCUUGUUGAGGAUGAUUUGAUUUGGACUUCUGAUAAGUUGACUGCACCAGAAAGAAAGUUAAUCACAGCCAAUUUGCAAAGGAAAUCAUUGAUUUGCUAUCUCAUGGCCAUCAACAGAUCCACUGAUGAAUCUGUAAGAGAUUUAGUAAAACCAGUAAUUCGAGAGUUGAUGUCUUCUUUUGGCAAAGAAAUGUACAGUGCUAUCCAAAAACCUAUGAAUAUGCAUGCUUUGAAAGUUCAAUCGCAUCCAAGGUUUGUCCAGCGUAACAAUGGUGCUUUAUUUGAAAGUGUGUCAACCGUACCGACUGCACCCAAAGAUGUUUGCAUGAAGUUAAUCCAACAAUCAUUGCAUCUCGCGCUAAAGCCCAAAUCACGUGAUUGGUCAGACUAUUACUACUUGGCUAAAGUGCAACGGAAGUUGCAAAAGCCUGCUGUGUUGGUUAUGGAUACUAUGGCCCAGGCCUGUCAUCAUGCUUACACAUAUAAAUAUGCGGAUAAUUUUGUUGAGCCACAUUAUAGUUUAGUGUCAUUGGCAUACAAGUAUGUCAAAAACGACAUGUUGACAGCGACGGCGGCCACAGAAUACUUAAAAAAUGAUCCAGUAGUCAAACUUGAUGCCGGUGACGAAAAGGAUUUUAGACAGUUAGUUAUUAAAGCUCUUGAAAAAGUGAUUUCAUAUGACAGGAAGAAUUGGCAGCAUAAGGCCAAGUACAGGUUGGCUCGUAUUAUGAAAGAUGAGUUAGAUUCGGUGAAGCAGGCCACAGAGAUCAUGUCACAUUUUAUUUCCAUUAAAGCAACUAACAAAGCACUUGUUCUGAUAUGGAAACCGGAAUCAGAAAGACCAGGGAAACAUUUCGUGUACACUUAUGAGUAUAUUUACUUUUUUGUGGAGUUACUCAAGGAAGCUGAUGAUCUUGAAAACUUACUUCUCAUGCUUCCAAAAUUGCGUCGUUCAAAUUCGGUUAUGAUUAAUUUGUCCAGUGCUUGGGAGUUGCUUUGUUCCUCCAUAUGUCGAGUCAUUAGGGAAGCAUUUGGUAUGCCUGAUUCUUUUGGAUUUACGGAAAAUUUAAUCAAUACAUUGUCCUAUCUGGUCUUCAGUGCUAACGUUAAGUCAAUGUCGGACACAAUGAAACAAAAGGGUCUACCAGAAGAUUUGAAACCCCAUUUUUGUUUCUUGUAUGCUGUAAAUGAUAUGAAGAAGGCAAACAAUGGGUAUGGGCCAACUUCGUUUAUCGAUGACACUCUUGUUACACUUUAUUUUUUGAUUUAUCUUUACUAUUGUAAAGAUAUGUCGACUCCCACUAUAGUUGAUUCACCAAGUGCCAAGAAGAAAAUUGCCAAAAGAGAUAUUUUCCCAUUGACAAAUGAUGUAUUAAAGCUAUUCAAGUCUGAGUUGGAUACACUUGUGAAACUGGAGAUAUUUAAUGAAUAUGUUGCAAAUGGGAAAAAGAAGGUUGAAACCGAAAGGAAAUUAAAACUAGAGAAACAGGAACAAGCAGAGCAAAAAGAACCAGAAACAUCGGUGAGCAAUGCACCAGAGAUCAUUGUGAUCGAUGAUGACUGUUCUUCACAGGAACAAGAUCAGAGAGCCAAGAGAGAAUUGGAAACAAGUGGAGAAAAAGUUGAGACAAAGAAAGUAAAAACUGAUGCAAUAAUUUAUGAAGUAAUUGAUUAA